AUGAUCUAUGAUAUGGGAGCCUCUAAAACGGUCGCGACCCUUGUGGAAUAUAAAGUGGCUAAGGGACGGCACGGAAAAGAGCCGAAGGUGACUGUUCUUGGGGUCGGGUUCGAUCGCACUCUAGGAGGGCUAGAGAUGACAUUGCGAUUGCGAAAGCUGUUGGUAGAGAAGUUCAGUGCACAUUAUAAGACCAAAGAGGAUAUUAGGACUAGCGAGAGGGCCAUGGCGAAAUUAUUUAAAGAAGCAGAAAGAUUGAAACAGGUGCUCAGUGCCAAUAUGGACCAUUAUGCACAAAUUGAAAGCGUACAUGAAGAUAUCGAUAUGAAAAUUCAUGUAACCAGAGAAGAGUUCAAUAGUUUGAUAGACAACCUGAUGCCGAGGGUGACCGCUCCCGUAGAACAAGCUUUAAAAAUGGCUGAUUUGAGCAUGGACCAGGUAGACCAGAUCGUUUUAAUGGGUGCUGGAACGCGUGUACCCAGAGUACAAGAAGAAUUACAGAAGUUUAUUGGAAGCAAGGAGCUCGGUCGAUUCCUGAAUACUGAUGAAGCGAUAGCUAUGGGAGCAUUAUUCCAGGCUGCUCAUUUAAGUAAAGGUUUCAAGGUUAAACCAUUUGGCGUUGAAGAGCUGGUGAUAUUCCCCGUGCAGGUGAACUUCAUCAGUAAACAAAAACAAGAGAAUGGAGAAGUAAUUGAAAAGCCCAUCACGAGGCAGGUAUUCCAGUACAAGGGCGUAUACCCUACAACUAAAAAGGUACUGUCUUAUUUGUGCUCGUCCUUUUUCUUAGCAAUUUAUAAAUGA